UUUGGCUGGCUUUAGGUUAAUUAAUUACCCUAGAGUAUGAACAAAAAAUAUGAAAUAAAGAUGGACUCGACAAUCUUAGAUCAUCAUAGCUGAGAAAUUCUUUUCCAGUCGUUGUUAUUAAAGCGUAAGAUGUGGAUCGGGUGUAUGGUCAGGAUUAAAAAGAAAACAUGGCAUUUUUAUCUGAGGUUUUGUGUUAGAUUUAGGUAACUUUAGUGCAAAACCCAUGUGUUGGAACAGUUGUUAAUUCCAAAAACCUGCUAACAACCACACUUAAUCAACUAAUGUAAUUAAUUUCUAAGGAGCAAUAGUUCCCUGAGGAUGGUCUUAUAAAGGCCAAAAGCUUGGCAGGUGACUGCAGUUGUUGUUGUUUUUAAUCCUGACCUAAUCCACAUCUUACAUUAUACCACUCGUCGAUAAAACACAUAAUCGUGGUUUUUUUUAUUAAACAACCACGUGGCACUUGCUUUAAGCGUCCCUAACAACGGUUGCUAAGUAGAUUAUUACUGUACAUUGAGGCUCCAAGUGAUGAGAAGGCACAAUACUGGUUUUAACAUGUUUAGCGUUUGCUACCGUUUGGGUUUCACUUUUAUCAGAAGAGCACCGAUUUAAGCAGUGCUAACUUAAGCAAGUUUCUACUUUAUCACUUACGGCGUUCAGACUUCAGUUAGUGAACACUUAAAUAAUUAGUUCAUGGGCGUGGCCUAGAGUGGGAGAGGGAUUUAGACCAAUUGAACUUGAAAUUUUAUGUGAAAUAUGUCAUAUUGUAGUGCUCCAGGAUGCAAAAAUUACAGGGGAAAACGCUCCUUAAGAUCACUGAACGUCACUUUCCACAGAUUUCCUGCCAACUCUACCCUCCGUUAUCAGUGGUUGAAGACAGUAGGCAUCAGUGAUCCUGGCCCGAUCGGAAGGAUCUGUUCUGUACACUUUAAGCCCGAAGAUUUCAAAUAUCACUACGAUGGAAAGUAUCACUACCUCGUGCCGAAUGCUGUGCCAUCAAUAUUCCAUGGGAUGCAAGACCAGUCAGAACAAAACUUGAAGAGGAAACAGGACUGUUUUGCUGUGAAUAGUACUUUAUAGAGUAAAAUAAUGGAAAAAAGAUACAAUUUGAAAAGAAAAAAUAUAUUGAUGCAACGAAAAAUCACAAGGAGGUAUGAGGUAUAGUCAACAAGAAGACUCAAAUAUGAAUGCCCCAAUUAUGAAUUCUCGUAGUUCACUUGUUUUCCUCACUGCCGAUGUUGUCUGAGCUGUUCUGAUGACACUCAUUCCAACAAUAGAUCUCAUCUUGUGUUUCUUAGUAAUAAAUGAAUCUAUUUAUUAGAGUGAUUUCAUAGUGUGAGAGGGUUGAUGGCGGAAUAUUGAGUAUCACACCUUGAAGAUCAAGAAGGUAAUAUUUGUAGAGGGCAAUGGACAAAUAUAACUCCACCACCCUAAUUGAGUGAAUAUAUAAAUAGGAAUAAAUGUAUUAAAGAGUGAGUGAGAGUGUGAAUUUGGAUUGAGAGACUGACUGGGUGUUGGAAUGAUAGCCUCUGGAGCCCUCAGUGGAUCAAUGGAUAAGACCUCGGUCUGGCUGGACUGCCAACAUCCAGGGUGAUUCUUGAGGCCCGCCAAUAAUUUAUUGUAUAUAAAUAUUACCCUUAUUCGCCAAAAAUGUUUGGAUAAUUCAACUUUUUAUGGUCAUAAUAUUUCUUUGUGAAAAUUCAUUGCGGUGCCAGUGAGUAGUGAAUUUUUGUCAGCAAUCCUAUCAAAAUUAUCAUAUCAAUUUCUUAAAGCAGAAGAUAAAAGUUCAGAAGACUUCUUUCUAACCCUUAAAAUGUCUUUUAUCUAUGGAAGUUAGUAAUCUUAGUUUUGUAGCUAUAAAACAAGAUAAAAUAUAUUUAUGUAUGGUAAAAAAAAUUUGCAAGAAAAUAGUGUUUUGAAAUAAAUUUUGCACAGCAGAUUAUUAAUCAGUCUUAACAAGGGCUUAUU